AGGGGUGGUUUAAGUACGCCGCUAUUAUCGGCUAGUAUUUGCACUGAAGCUGGGUCAUUUGCAAGUAUUCAAGGGUAAGUUGUAUUCAAUUGAUCGAUAAAUUUUUCGAUUGAAGAAAUUUCCCGAGUACCACUACCUCGUUCGGUACCACUACCAGCAUUUCCACGCAUUACCGCUAUAAGUUGUAACAAUUCAUAAUUUUAACAAGACUACUAAUUGUAACAUCAAUCAUCGCCCAGAAUGAAGGUCCGCGGCAAGAAGAACACCUCAAAGCGCAAGUCGCUGAAGGUGCAACACAAAAUCACGAAGAAGGCCACGGAGAAGAAGAGGAAGCUGCGCAAGGAAGCGCGUAAAGCUCUGCAAGCCGGUGUCCAAAUCAAGCGGAGAAAAGAGAAGAUGACUGUGCCCUCAUUGUGGCCAUUUAAGAAUGAGGAGUUGGCAGACAUGAAGGCCAGGCAAGAGCGUCGCGAAGCAGAACAGGCGAAACAAAAGGAAUUGAACGCAAGGAAGAGGAAGGUACUAUACUUAUAUAUUGUUUGGAAGGGCUAAACGCUAGAGGUAAAAACGAACCGGUUGUUUUAUUUAGUGCUUUGAGCGCCGCUGGACCUAAACCUCAACCCCUAGAAGGUACUAUACUUAUAUAUUCAGAUUUGUGGGCAUGAAGAUGAAGAUAAUGAAGUAAUUGGUACAAAAACCUAAGUCUUCAUCAACACCAACAGGAACUCCUGAAUAAAAAGAAGAAGAAAGCGGCAGCUGCGCCAACGCGCCCAGUGAACUCGAUCGAGCAGACCCUUCAUCACGCAGACUUGAUUGUUCAGGUCAUCGACGCACGUGACCCGUUCGCUACUCGCUGCAUGGCCGUUGAAAACGUACUUUUUGUUUUUAGCAAGAAUAGUUUUGAUAACAAUCUCCUGUAGCAAAAUUUAGAAUCUUAGUCCUCGUCUUGUUUUUUGCCAAUCACAUCGACAAUCACAUCGACAAUCCAUACUAAUUAUCUAACCUCCUCACGACCACAACAGCUCGCUGGCAAGGGAAAUAAGGUGACUAUUCUCACAAAAGGAGACCUUGUUCCGAAAGAAAAUCUGCAACAGUGGUUGGACUAUUUGCGAUCAAAUGGAAGCAAUGUAGUGCUGUCCAUGAUGAAGCGGGCCAGCAACGAAGAAGCAGGUAAGCUGAUCCGACCGGGUUCCGACGGAGGCAAAAAGUCCGAAGGGAAGGCUGAGUUGCAAUCCGAGGGCCAGGUUUUUCAGGCCAAAAGAACUACCCGCUUCGUCCGCCCAGUCGGAUUUCGGCAGUUGUCAACGUUGAUGUCGCAAUCCUUCAACGCAUGCCGCAAUGUCGCUGUUGUCGGUUAUCCGGGAGUGGGUAAGCACACCGUGAUGGGCUACCUGAAGUCGCCGCAGAUGAACCUGAACAAAAAAGUGAAGCUAACGUGUGCCAGUAUCAUCGACGAGAACGAAAUUGAGCCAGCGGCAGGAGAAGAAGCGACAUCCUCCACGUCAAUAUCCUCGGAGUCAGCGGCGUACGACUUGCUCUUCGGAAAAAAGCCGCAAGCGGCCAAGCGACCUCUGUUCGCCUUGAAGCGACUGCUAGAGCGACUUGUGACCAAGAAGGAUUUAGUGCUGAAACUCGCGUUGCCACAGUUUGAGGUACUUCUACAUACUUCUGAUACUCGUGAUCUUCAUUUAUUAGUUGUGCCGAGAACUACUUUUGAUUUGGAAUUCAUCUGAUUCUUCUCCGAAACGUUUUUACUCUUCUUCAACUUAAUAUCACGAAGGAAUGAAAUUUUCAAAACACAACUACAUCAGUGAAUGUUUGUUCUACGAGCUGCAUCUUCUGCAAGCGAAAACCCUUAGGACCCUACUGCUACUUCAUCGUUUUCCUCCGCUAUUUCCUCCAAAAAUCUCUCAGGACGUAACCGAGCUGCUGAAGAAGAUAGAGAAGGAGAACAACCUCCAGGGUGGCCCGCUGGAUGCUGCAAGGUUUAUCCUCAAGAAAUUCAACGGUUUUAGCUUCUUCAGUCAAGUCCCAGGAUCACCAGUGGCUAGUACAACUUCUUCAACAGAACAGGAAGGCCAAAGGGAGACAUCUUCUUCUAAGAAAAACAAGUCCACUUUGUUCUCACCUCAACAACUGGCGACUCUCUACAGCGAACAGAAAGCAGAAAUCGAAGCUAUCUCUUCUUGGGGUAAAACCACACCAAUUAGUGGCCUUCUCUCAAUCGAAGCAGCGGCUACUGCCUCUAUCGCCAACCUCUCGGCUGGCAGCAUCAGUGGCUCUGUCGAUCUCAAGAGUGUGUUGCACGCCAAGGGAAGAUCUCUAGGCCAGGAAACAGAGUAUUUCCCUCUCAAAUGUCCAGUAGCGGAAGACGGAGUUAGCAUUGUCUGUGGAGGUCCAGAACCUUUUGGCUUGGCUGAGGAGGACGACGACUGCGAUAUGGCUGGAAAGGGACAUCCCGCUGUUGAGGGAGAAGAUUCAUCAGAAGAUGACGAAGACAUGGAAGUCGACAUGGACGAUGAGGAAGAAGAGGAGGAAGAAGAGGAGGAGGAGAUGUCUGAUGAUGAAGAACUCUGAAGGAAGAUGAAGCCUCGUAGAAGAACUUGAAGUUGUAGAGUCUUCUUCGUCUUGAUGAUGAACGCAGUGUUAGGUAUUUAGCAGGUGCAAAAAUUCGUAUCGACGCUCAUGAACGAUCAAUGCGAUCGUCCAUUUGAAACUUUUAUGUGUUAACAAUAUGAUCUUCGCCUUAGCAAUAUCCACCUCCGAAAGAGUACAUUUCCUAUAAUUUUCAAUGAUACAACUGCACAAGGGGGACCAAACAAAUGACAAAAUUCACAAAGCCAACGAGCUGUUAAUACUGCUCG